UAUGCAUGCACACCUGCAGCCUGCCCGCAGCCCUCGCCUGCUAGUCUGUCUCCAGAGGCCAUGAGACGAUUGCUGCCACUGCUGCUGCUGGGAGCCUGGGCUAUCCCAGGGGCCACUGGGGACAGGAUCUCCCUCAGUGCCGCUGCCCCACAGCUGGAUGAUGAGGAGAAGUACUCAGCUCACAUGCCCACCCACCUGCGCUGUGAUGCCUGCAGGGCCGUGGCCUACCAGAUGCGGGAGCAUCUGGCAAAAGCAGAGGCCAAACUUCAACCCCGAGAUUCCCUGGGACAGCGGGAGCUGAGUGAGUCAGAGUAUACGGAUGUCCUGGACCGGAGCUGCUCCCAGGACUGGCAGGACUACGGGGUCCAAGAAGUGAACCAUGUGAAGCGUCUCACUGGCCCGGGGCUUAGCGAGGGGCCAAACUUACACAUCCAAGUGAUGAUCAGAGGGGGCCCCUGGCCCACCAGGCUCUCUACCACCUGUUUACACUACCUCGGGGAGUUUGGAGAAGAAAGCAUCUAUGAAGCCUACCUCCAAGGCCAAGGGGCUCUGGAGGAGCUGCUGUGUGGGGGUCCCCGUGGAGCCUGCUUGGAGGAAGCACCUGUCCGAAGGGGAGAGCUCUAGUUUCCCUCUGCUUUGCCUGAACAGCAGCUGGCUUUCCACAUUCCUUCCUACAGGCCAGGCAAUUUGGAGGUAGGGAGGCCUUGCCCUGUGCUCCCUCUCCCUCCCUCUCGCCUCUUCUCCAUGGCACUGAAGCCUGGACAAGGAACAAGGCCUUCCCCUCCGGACUCAAAUAAAACCCAGUGACCUUAA